AUGAUGAAUACCAAUCAAAUAAUUGAUAAUAAUAGUAUAAUAACUCAACAAAAUAUAGUUCUUACUGAUAGUUUAUUAAAAGCAAUUCAAACUGAUACACAUGAUUCACGUACUGGAGAACUUAUUGUUGGAAUUAUAUCUUAUUCAAUCAUUAUCUUGUUAAGUAUUAUUGGAAAUGUCAUUGUUGUUACAGCCAUAUGUCGUGUUCAACGACUUCGUCAUCCAACGAAUUUUAUACUUAUGUCACUUGCUAUUGCCGAUUUACUUGUUACAACAACAGUUAUGAUACCAGGGUUUAUAUAUGAAAUAAAACAAAAAUGGAUAUUUGGACGAGUUUUUUGUAAUAUUUGGGUAGCAAAUGAUAUAACAUUUUGUACAGCAUCAAUUUUACAUCUUGUUGCUGUCAGUUUUGAUCGAUAUGUUGCUAUUGAAAAUCCACUUAAAUAUAAACAGAAAAUGACUAAACGAACAAUUUUUAUUAUAAUUGGUUGUAUUUGGUUGAUAAGUGUUCUUCUUUCUUAUGGACCUGUUUUAUUAGGUGUUUAUAGUCAAUCGAAACCUACUAGUAAUUUAUCAAAUUCUACUGAAUGUGGUAUGAGACCAAAUCGUAUUUAUUCGAUAAUAUCAUCAUCAACAUCAUUUUAUAUUCCACUUAUAAUUAUACUUUUUCUUUAUGGUCGAAUAUUUAUAACAGCACGAAAACAUUCACAUGAAUUACAAAAACUUGAAAAUAUAAUUAAACGUUUACAUAGUAAUGAAAAAUUUGUAUUUGAAAAUGCUAAAUGGAAUAAAAAUGUUAAAGCUAUAAAAACAUUAGGUAUUGUUGUUGGUGUAUUUGUUGUUUGUUGGUUACCAUUUUUUGUCAUGUACCUUCUAUUAGCUUAUUGUGAUUAUAAAUGUGUUAGUCCAAAUGUAGAACGUUAUAUUACAUGGAUUGGUUAUGCGAAUUCGUUUUGUAAUCCUGUUAUUUAUGCUUUUUCAAAUAAAGAAUUCCGAAAUGCUUUUUAUGAAAUUCUUCAUUAUAAUAAUUGUCAAUGUUGUCUCUUAUCAUCCAAAUAUACAUUUCGUACAUCACUUAGUAAAUCUACUUACUCAAUAAAUACAAAAUUUACACCACAACCACAGUCACGACAAGCAAGUUUUACACCAUAUUUAAAUAUACCACAACGUAAUGGUUAUCUACAUAAUGAAAUAUAUUUACCUAAAACGUUAAAUGACUCAAAAAAAAGUGAAAGUACUGAUACAUUUGAAAUGAAAACAUUAGCAAAUCAACGUCCAACACUGGAAGCUUUUAAUGAACUUGAACAUCUUGUGCCAAAUACUAUUCCUGAUCGUGUAUCCAUUGCUGAAAUGAGUUCAUUACUUUAUGAUCAAGAUGACGUAGCAGUUGAAAUACCAGUUAAUAGAAAACCAACAAUUACGUUACAAAUAAAUCCUUCUUGA